GCCGCCGUCAAUAGCGAUAUCUCUUGAAUCAACUAACAUGAAGUCCUCAUGUAGAGUUUGUCUCGUCGGCUUCUGCGCCCUUAUAAUUAUAUGUGUAGUGGCGGAGGCUACUUCGCCUCCAGGACCUGUUAGGUGCCCAUGGCGUCCACCGUGCAAACAGUGCCGUCCUCGUGUCUGCCCAGCUAUCGCUUGCCCGAAGUAUGAAGAUGUGUGCCCGCCAUGCAAGCCCCCGACUUGUCCUCCUUGCCCAGUACCUCCACCCUGCAAUUGCCCUGAUCCCGUAUGCCCUCCAUGUCCAUAUAGGAAAGGCAAGAAGUAAGAGUUAAGACCAGCGGGAGGGGACAGAGGAGGUUAACAGCAAUUGUCAAGAGAAAGAGAAAGACACUGAAAACGCAUAAGCUUGGGAUAUUGCAGACGAAGCGGGUCUUCUGAAUUUCUUUUGUGGAAAUAAUUCCUUAUCACCUUGCGAGUUGUUUCUCACAACUCUGGAUUUAGAACAAUGCCCACAGUGUGAUGUUAUGUUAUAAGUUCUUCCAAUUUUCUGUAUAUUAUCCUAAAUCUGUGUAUUAAAGGCAUUGCGCAGAAGUAGAGAAAGAACGUAAAGUGUUCAUAUUCAGUAAGAAACGUAAGAAGAACAAAAGUUUUGUAAUCAGGCACUCGCUCACAUAUUUGAUUCUAAACUGUUAGCGCACUGGUUUGAUGUGAUUAAUCAAUAAACCAUAAUGAUUA